AUUUUGUCAGUAUCCUUCCACCAAUACAGGCAUCACAUUCUACAAAACCAGAUUAAUUACAUCAGAAAUCAUGGCUCUAAACUUGUCACUAAACCUUGCCGCCAUUUUAGUUGCCACCUGCAUCCUUUCCUGCAAUUCUGCGCCGAAAUCAAUCCAAGGAGUCCAUCAAUUCCCGGAACUAGAAAUUUUGGGCACCAUCGGAAAUAAGACAUUCUAUUCCACCGCUGAUCAGGAUUUUGUCGUCAACUUUUUCGGGGCUCGGGAAGUUUGUCAAGGUUCUGCCUUGCAUUUCGCCAUUCUUCAUUCUGACGCCGAGUUUGAUUUCCUUCGACAAAAUCUGCACGUGUCAAGAAAAUUAUGGAUCGAUGCAAUUUUGAAAGGUAUGAACGGAUUUGCUCAAUUUCCGUACAUGAGUGGAUUCGAGAAUGGGGAUGGGACCACUUUCAAUACCAAAAAUGCCAUGAUCAGCACCUAUGAUCACCUCCCGUGCUUAUUUUUCUCUGCGGAUGAUCACAUUUUUACAGAUAUGUGCCUCGCAGGUAGGCGUGGUGUUCUUUGUCAUCAAUUUACUAAUUAAUCAAUUCAAUUUAUAAUAACGCAUAAUUGUAUAAUU